AUUUAGCCAUCUCUCUAUUCCAAUUUGCAUUUAUUAUGAGAUAGAUCAGAGACUGUAGAGUUUCACUAAUAGACAAAGACCAGGUGUGACAGACAUACUUUAUAACAGACAUCAGUUCAGCCAUACUCCAUUCAAAAUGACUGAGUUAAAGGCUCUGAUUCAGGGGGAAUCAUCAAAUCUUCAAGCAGAGAAUGAUGAUGAAGUGGUUGAUUUGCGACCUCUGCGCAAGGCUGUAGAGACAGGUGACGUGGAUGCUGUGGAAGACUUCAUUCACCGUCACCCUCAUUCAGUACAGAAGAAGAUUGCGAAUUAUGGUCGAACAGCUCUUCAUAUUGCUACAUUGGCCGGAAAUACGAAAAUGGUGCAAGUUUUGGUGGAGUUUAUGUCCGAAGACGACUUAAAACGCGUUGAUAGAAAUGGAGAAUCGUCACUUAUUUAUGCUGCUACAAUUGGAUCGACCAGAAUUGCGGAAAUAAUGGUGGAAAAAAGUAGUGAUUUGGUUACUGUUGGAGUUCCGGCGAAGGACUCACUGCCGGUGACGGUGGCGUGUCACCAUGGGCAUAGGGAAACAGCUCGAUAUUUGUACUCGGUAACUCCGUUUGAUUUGCUGGAACCAAAAAGUGGAGCUUAUGGAUCUUUGCUUCUUCAUGAAUCCAUUUCAAGAGAAAUGUUUGAUAUAUCAUUGGAUCUGCUGCAGCGAUGCCCAAGUAUAGCAACAACAGUAAAUCAUCUAGAUAUCAACCCUCUGCACGAAUUUGCAAGUCUCAGAUAUUUAUUCCCGAGUGGCACCCAUUUCGUCUUCUGGAAGCAUUGGAUCUAUUCCCGUAUUAAUGUGCAACUGCCUGCUGCACCUAGUGAUAUCCGAAUACCCAUUCUGCAUAAUAAUCAUAUUCAACAGAAAAAUAUUGUAGCUCGAGGUUUAGGGCAGCUGCGGAAUCUCGUCUCAAAUUUCCUAGAUUUUUUCGGACUAAAGCAGAUAUACGAAAAGAAGCUGACUCAUGCAUAUGCUUUCAAAAUCUUACAUAUUAUGUGCGAACACAUAAAAACUAUAGAACCCGAUGACUUCAGGAAAAACGGAGUGUACUUAUCGUUCUUCGUUGCAAUUCGAGAAGGAGUAAUUGAAGUUGUGGUUGAGAUGAUUAAAUCCAUUCCCAGUUUGGUGUCUGCUCUUGACAAUAAUUUGCGAGGAAUGCUGAUGCUUGCAGUUCAACAUCGCCAAGAAAAAAUAUUUAGCCUUGUUCAUGUUCUUGAUAUGUCCAAGUUUAUGUCGAUUUCUCAUCUCGACAAGGAUCGGAACACCAUGUUGCAUGUUGCAGCAAAGUUAGCACCUUCUCGUCGACUUUCACGCAUCUCCGGUGCAGCUUUGCAGAUGCAGAGAGAGCUGCAGUGGUACAAGGAAGUUGAAAGCAUUGUGAAUCCUUUAGCAAAGGCAUAUGUCAACGAUUUUGAGCAGAGACCUGGAGAUAUAUUUUCAUCAGACCAUUAUGAAUUAGUCGCAGAUGGAGAAAAAUGGAUGAAAGAUACAGCAACUUCAUGCACAGUCGUCGGUGCUUUAAUCAUCACUAUUAUGUUCACCGCAGCAUUUACAGUUCCCGGCGGUAACCAUCAAGAAACCGGUUUUCCGAUCUUCUUACAUGAAAAAUCAUUUAGGAUCUUUUUAAUAUCAGAUGCAAUCUCUCUGUUUGCUUCGUCGACGUCGGUUUUGAUGUUCUUAGGAGUUCUUACGUCGCGUUAUUCAGAGGAAGAUUUUCUCAAGUCUUUGCCCACGAAAUUGAUCAUUGGUCUGUCGACUCUUUUUGUUUCUAUUGCGGCCAUGAUGGUUUCUUUUUGUGCGACGAUUAUACUGAUGCUGAGAGAUCAGUUGAAUCUUGUUAUGCCGAUCGUUCUGCUGGCUAGUAUUCCGGUCAGCCUUUUUGUUGUGCAGCAGUUCCCGCUCCUUGUUGAGAUUUUUGUGUCCACCUAUGGACCCGGAAUUUUUGACCGGAAAUUGAAGUAUUGGUAUACUAAGCAGCCUGUCACCUAGAGUCUUCUAUAUACAUGCCACGUAGGCGCCACAUAGACAAAGUGAAAUCAAAUUGAGAGUUGGACAUAAUUAAAACCAAAUAAUUUGUUUUUGGCCAAAAUCGACAAAAUUGAAAAGUCAAGACUUUUAUGAAACUUUUAUAAAAAGUCUGGCCUUUUUACGACAUUUAGCCUUUUUUUAUUUACCCAAACUCUUACACAUGUAACUGUAUUCUAAUAAUAUUUUUUAUUUUAAUUAAUUGUAUGUAACUGUAUUCUAAUAAUAUUUUUUAUUUUAAUUAA